UUUUCAUACCAUUUUAAACAAAAUUAUUUCGUUUAAGCACAGAAAAUAGAGAAUUUAAAAUUAUUUUUUCGCUGACCGAAAUCGUAAAAAUUGUGUGUGCAAAUAGUGCCUACGCAAAACCUUUUUUUACUGUGUCUUCGAUUCGUGGAAGUGGAAGCAAAAGUGGUUGUUUUUGUUGACUGUUUGGCCGAUCUGGCAGAACCACUUUGGAGUUAUUUGCUGUUUUGCCCACUUGCAAUUGCGUCGAUGAAGAUCUCUUCAGCGGACUGGGAUAAUGAUGAUGCGACGUGUUUUGUUAAACAUGUUUUGCUCGGUCGCCAAGUCCGAAACCCAAAACCCGAAUCCGGUUGCUCAAAAAUGCGUAAAGUGGGACGAUGUCGCUCCUUUACAAGCCGGCCGCACAGAAAAGACAUUAUUAAAAGCCCGACAAGUGGCCGGGCAAAAUGCCAAAACAAAAAAACCAAAAUCAAUUAACGGCAUUCAAUAGCAUCGCUUCGAUUUAGUGACUGCAGUCGUGGCCCCGUUGUCAGGUGUUGAUCAAUAAAAAUGCAACUGGGCAAAUGCAGCUGGCCCAUCGCCAUGGAUCUGCGAUCCGCGGAUAGUUGCGUAAUCCCUCCCAGAAUUCUUUGCGCAACCGAGCCCGAAAACUUGACCCAGUCUCCUUGAUUAGGGCGUUCUUAUCAGCCGCCCGCUGAAAGCUUUCGUUUGAACUUGAGGUAGUCGAAAAAUGGGGUUAUCUUUUAAGGGGGAGCACACUGAAAACAGAGAAAGGAAAAAACAAUGAAGUGUUUGUUAAAAAACAUUUUACCUUAUUUGUUUACCGUUUUGCAAAUAAACAUUCUAUCCUGGGAACCCUUUAAAUUAACUUAUUAAUGCUUGUUAUUUAUGAUUGUUAUACACUCAUUUGUUUGUUAUUAGUUGAAUUAUUUUUUAAAUGUAUGAUAUUAAGCCCUAUUCGUUCAUAAAAGCAUUGGAAUAGAGUAAUAUUUCCUUUUUAUUACAAAUUUAUAACUGAGGCGAGAACUGAUUAGCCAACAAAGUUAAGAGUAAGCCGAGAAAAAUGCCUUUUCAGCAAAAAGCUGUAAGUAUAGAUUAAACAUGACACAGUAACUUAGCUAGUGUUUUACAGUUUUUUAUUCGGAAUCAAUCAAUCUGAACGCCCUUAAGCCACCUAUAGUAUAAUACGUACAUAUUAAUAAACGAUUGCAAUUGCAUUGGAACCUUAUUUAUACUUUCUCAGUCAUAAACAUGUCAUUUUCCAAACAAAACAAAAAUAUUUUAAAAUAAGUCGCAAUGUUUUGCGUUCUUCAUUGUAUCCUUAAAUUUUUUAAGUGUAUUAAAUCUAACGCCGCCGAGGUGUUUUAAUAUUUAUUUGUCCCCUGAGCCUCAGUUUUUAAUCAAGCACAGAACGUGUAGAAUCUACUAGAAGGCAUUUGCAUUUUUGAGCCAUGCUUCUGAGGAGUGGAUUAUUGGCAGCCAUAAUCCUAUGGCUCUCUGUGGAUGAAAGCCUGGCCCUGUUAGAUCAUGAGGGCGAGUCCAUCAACAAGUGCAUUGAGAACUACGGUGGGUUAACAGAGGAGACAAGCGAUCGUCUGGCAAGAUUCAAGGAAUGGUCGGAGAGCUACGAGGAAAUUCCCUGCUUCACUCGCUGCUACUUGAGCGAGAUGUUCGACUUCUACAACAACAAGACGGGUUUCGAUAAGGAAGGGGUUAUUAGUGCCUUUGGAAUCCCCGUCUACGAAGCCUGCCAGAUCAAACUGGAGUUGAGCUCCAGCCAGAGCAGCUGCCAACACGCCUACGAGGCCUUCCACUGCAUCACCAACAUGGAGAGCCACCCGUUCACGUUGAUCGACAGUAUGCCAAACGUCUCGACGGCGGCCAAGAGUGCGAUGAAGGACUGCCUGCAGGUGGUGGACCAGGACGAGUGGCCCUCCUUUGCGUCCUUCGCUGACUAUCCUGUGAGGGAGCCGAUUCCCUGCUUCACGCGCUGCUUCCUGGACAAGCUGCACAUUUUCGAUGAGAGGACGCGUCGCUGGCAACUAGAGGCCAUGAAGCAGCACCUGGGCGUUCCUGCCACAGGAGCCCACAUCAGGGGAUGCCACCGACAGAGCGGAAGGGACCGCUGUGCCACUUACUACAAACAGUUCACAUGCUUCAGCAUUGCCGUUUAAGAACUUCCAUAAAGGUUCUACCAAUUCCAAUAAAAACUUUCUGGAGGAAUUCUAAAUCGUUGCCAUAUGUAAAAAAAUAUCUUUAAUUAACUCUAAAAAGUAUGCCUAAACUGUUUAUUCAAAUUAAAGCAUUUGAUGAAUGAGCAAA